AAUUGACACAUCUGGGAAAGGAUUUUUCCUUCCCUCCCGUCUACCAAGACAGCUGUGUCAUCAACAACCGGCGUGGUUUUGUUGUUGUCUGAUUUUUACGAGCCUGGGCAACUGGAUUUCAGCAUAGUCUGCAUCUGCGCCAGCCAUAGGCUACCCAGUUACUAAGGUGAGUUGGAGGAGGCUGCCUGUGCCAUACGUCUCCUUCUCCCAAGUCUUCUUCUAUACCAUGAGCUCUGGCUCAGCCCAGGAUGUGGCAGUCGAGCAUUUCCUGCGUGACAUAGAGAGGCGAAGCAAGCGGCUACACUGCGCUGUCAUAGGCUGCGAGGAGGAGCGACCCCGCAGCGACAUGAACCUGCUGUAUCGUAAGAGCCGUUUGGACUGGAGGCAGAGGGACCAAGAGGGAAGUAAAAAGAGCUCUACCCAAAACGACCCCUCAGCUACUGUUGGCAAAGUCCGAGACUUGGCUUCCUUCCGCCGGCACUUCCGGAUGGGUUUCAUGACCAUGCCGGCCUCCCAGGACCUGUCCCCUCACUCCUGUGCCUCCGCCAUGGCGCCACGCUCGCAGUCCUGCCAUGCUGUCGGUGCUGGGGACACGAGUCUAGAGAACGGAGAUUACUCUGACACCCAAUCCCAACAUGGUGGCCGCUGCCCCCCAGCCAAACCCAAACGCCACCCAAGCACUCGCCUCAGCUCCUCGUCCGCUGACAGCAGAGGACCUCCUGAGACGCCGCCCCCUCCUCCGCCCACUCACUCACAGGCCAAACACUCAGAGAAGAAAAAUGCCAUGAAGAAGUCUGACUCUGGAGAGAUUGGAGCAAAGAAGGUGCCUCCUUUAAAGCCCAAGAGAAGUCCCAGCACCCAGCUUUCCUUUGACCCUCUUCCUCCACGUGUGCCUCCUGCCACAUCCCUGCCUUUCCAGGCAGCAGACUCUCAAAAUCAGACAGCAGACGGGGAGGAUGAGCCAGUCUAUAUAGAGAUGGUGGGCCAAGUGUUCACCAGAGACAGCCAGACGGCCACCCCCCACCCUGUCACCCCUGUGGCCACCACACCUGACUCUGACUCAGACCAGAGUGAGGCCAUCUAUGAGGAGAUGAAAUAUCCGCUGCAAGAGGACAGAGAGUCCCAGAGACACCUCCCUCCCAAACAUGAGAAACUGAAAACCUCUAAACACUUCCAUGUCACCCCCUCCUCCUCCAGCAGCUCCUCCUCUUUGCCCCGCCCCUCUUCCUCCUCUCCUUCCUACUCCAAACCCAAAGCUACUGUGUCGAUUUCUCAUUCGUCUCCUCUGCCUUCCUCCGCAUCCUCCACCCCUGUCCCCCAGGUCCUCUCCACCAGUCCGCACACCCCACGUGCUCCUACUCCCUACCUGCUGCAAGGGAGUAAAUCUGAGCCUGAGGCCAACACAAAGAUCCCAGCCCCUUUCCCCAAUCUUCUACAGCACCGGCCCCCGCUGCUUGCCUUCCCUCAGCCUGCAGCAGCCUCCAGCGGGGUUGGGGUGCAAAACAAGGCGUCUGCUUCUGUUAAAAUGGGAACUCAAACAUCCAGUGUGACGACUCAAGCCAACGCCUCCUCCUCAUCCUCUUCUAAUGUUCCUGUAUCCCUGUCAGGCUCCAAGGAGUCAUCAGGAGGAAGUGCAAGCCAGCAGGACAAACACAGCAGAGAUUCCCAGUUAGGCCCAGCUCCUGGACUGAGAGCCAGGAGUCACUCCACACCCUUGCCCCCCUCCUCUAAAUCCACCUCACCUUUCUCCCAUCACCACCACCACCCUCACCAUCGCCCCUCACACUAUCAUCACUAUCGCAAGCCAGAGAGAGGAGACUCUCCUGCUCCAACCAAGAGCAGCUCUCAAGGUUCAAACCAGGCCACGGUCCAGACCCAAACCUCAAGUACAGGAAAGGAAGGCAAGUCUGUUAGCUUCCUCUUGAAGUCCGAUAAAGGAGAGAGGGAUAAGGAUAGGGACAGGGACAAGGACAGGGACAAGGAUAGGGACAGGGACAGAGACAGAGACAGAGAGAGAGACAGAGACAGAGACAGAGACAGAGAGAGAGACAGAGACAGAGAGAGGGAUAGGGAUAGGGGGCCUCACUCCUUACAGAUGGAUAGUGCUACCACCUGUAGCAGCCAAGCAUCUCAAAGCAGCACCAGCUCAACCCCUACGCCAUUAUCCUCAUCCCAGCGUCCUCAUUCUCGCCCACAUCUCCGCUCUCACACUCCACACGGCCUGCCAGCGUACAAGCCGCCCUCUUCAGACAGCCCACUGCUGUGGACCUACCCCUCUGGUGGCUUCCGGAGGCCGCCGGCUUACGAGAGCCUGAGAGGGAGUUCUCAGACGCCGUCUCUGCAACAGCCCUCGAGUCUUACUGGUAUAGGUGAGGGGGCGUCCAAGGCUAAUGGAGGGUCUGCAUCCCUCCAGUCAAAAGUUGGCUUCAUGCCCUGGGACAGCAGUGCCAGCUUAGCUGCAGAUGAGGGGUCUUACUGGCCUAUGCAGAGGAAGUUGUCCUUCAGCCAUGGGAGCAGAGAGACAGAGAAGGAUGAAGGGCGUGCGUGGAAUGGCAGUGCUGAUGCCCUGUUAAGGAUGGAUAAAGAGGAUCUUGGGAUCGGGUCGCGAGGCGGCCACUCAGGCAUCCCGGUCCACUUCAGUGGUGCCACCAGCAGGGCCCUAGGUCACAGUGAGUCCUUGGCUGGUGUGGAUAGCAGCCUGGGAUUCAGAGCCCUACCCAGAGUAGGGAUGCCUCUUCCCUGCCAGACCUUCCCUGCCUGUCGCAAUGGAGAAGUGGGGCGGCUGGGCCGCUCCUCCUCUGCUGCUGGAGUGAGACAGGUGGGUGGAGAUGUCCAGAGACAGAGCAGUCUACCAGCACGAGAAGCCCUGAAUCAGCUGCAUGGCCUGGCCCAGCCUCAAGUGCCCUGCAGUCCCAGCAGUCCCAGUCUCCAGCAGCUUCAGCAACAGCACCAUCUGCAGUUGCAGUUCCAGCAGCUCGCCCAGCUGGCACAGGGACAGCCUUCUGUCAGCGGAGGCACCACCCCAUCCACAACGCAGACCCAGAGAGAUGGCAAGCUGCUGGAAGUCAUUGAGCGUAAACGCUGCCUGUGCAAAGAGAUCAAGGCCCACAGGCGCCCUGACAAAAGCCUGUGCAAGCAGGACAGCAUGCCCAUCCUCCCUAGCUGGAGACGGACACCUGAGCCUCGUAAGACUGGCACACCACCUUGCCAGAGGCCACAAGCCGUCGUGUGGGACACGGCUAUCUGAGGUGGGACAAAACACGCAGAUGAGUUGAAGAUGGUUGAACAAUUAAUAAGAGAUGAGAGUAAAAAUGGGUUCAGAAACUGGAAUAUUCUUGGUUUGUGGUGAGAUGAUUGCCACAGAGGGAGGAAAGAUUUUGGACAAAGAAGAAUUUGCAAGCACUCUUCCUGUGUGAUAAACUGACUGGGGAACAGUAAUGGGUUAUUGGAGAUUGAACUCAUUUGGAAACAACCAUCAAAAAAAGGCUGAUAAAAGAUGUGAAGAAAAAGAAGUAUUACAAUCAGACUAAAUUAAUUUCUUACCCAGUUGAUUUGUACUUGCUCUCUACGAUGUACUACAUUGAUGUGUUCUAAUUGCCAAUGAUUUUUGCCACAAAACACCAGUACUAUUGCUACAAAAUGAAGACACCAACUAAACAAUAAUGGGUGGGAUGUUUUCUGUGAUUGGUGUUGCCAAAUUUCCUCCUGACUACUUGAGACAUAUUUUCUCCAACACACAGUUGUCCAACACGCAUAUAAACUGCUUUGUGGGUGAGAAAAGGCAAGAUUCAUUGAUAAGUUAUUGAAGUGUUUCUUGAAAUCGUGAAUGCAUAUGAGAUGUCUUGGUAUCAAUAGAUUGUCAUUGUGGAUGCAAAUAAUCAUCACUGAGGAGUAAAAGCUACCUACUGUAUCUGUUUGCAUAUUUGUAAUGUAUCUAUUUACUUUCUCAACGUUUCUGCAAUUUUAUAGCAAUAUGCUCCCAAUGCCGGAGCAACAUAAUUAAAACUUGUGUCAACUAGCCUAACAUACAUAUCUAAGACUUGAAUAAGUCAUAUUUACUGUGUCAUUCUCUGCAUGUCACAAUAGACAUACAGUAUUGUAAAAAAAAAUAUAUAAAUAUAUAAAUGUGUAGAGAUGAUCAUGUCAGACUUUUACAUACAGCAGAUCUUCACUAUGAUAAUAUCAUGUGGUUGUAUAAAAAGAUGAAUAUGUUGCUUGGGGUAUCAUUAAAAAAGGUGGUGUGACAGAUGGCACAUACUGUGCAGUCCAGUCAAUCAAUAGGUCCAGAUCAGUGGUACACAAACUUCAUCACUCAUGCUUACCCACAGUUGCACAUAAGUGAUUGUUCCUCCACACAGAAAAACAAGCACUGACACCCAUCAACACAGACUGUACAAUAUGGUGCAACUGAUAAGACUGUGAGUAUUGAUCACCUCAAACAGAAUGCUGGAACAAUCUGCACAAAACAUGGUAUACGCUUAGGAGAAAUUAAACCCUAAUGUACUGUAAAUAGAUAUGUACAACUGUAUUGAAAAUGUAGCAGUUAUUUCCAUUUUCAUACUUGUAAUCAGUACAUAUUAUGUAGCAUAUACUGUAUAAACAUAACUUUGUUCACUUGUUUUUUCUAAAAGAAUUAAGUACUUUAUCUGCUGCAGCCACUCCAUGCAUUACUUAUAGUUGUACUAAUAAACAGUAAGCCCUCUAAUGAAAGGCACAGUCCAACAGUUGUUUAUUUAAAUUUAUGCAAGACUCCCUUUAAGCUGUGUUAUUGUUUUAUUUAUGUCUUUUUUUUCUACAUUCAUUUUUAUUUGUGUACAGAUUUCUUGAUUUUUGGAAUACUUUGCUGCUAUCUUGAACUACAGGUGUUGUUCAUUCAACUACAUGGUGUUACCAUGAGAAACAUUAUUAAUAUAGUGGUUAUUGUUACAUAUUUGUUUUAUAAGCCACGUGAAAUGAAGUUUGUACCUUGAAGAGUGAGCCCUUCUGUAAUAGUAUUAAGGCACUUGAAUGUCUCUUGGUUGUUGUUGUUUUAUGAUAGUUAGCACCAAACUGUACAGUACAGUACACCCAUUGAAAAGAAGACCUAUCUAAAUGUUUGAGAGUCACUGCUUGGCCUUUUGUUUUAGUUCCACCUGCUUGUGUUUGACAGUCGAGGGUUUUCGAGCUCACUGAGUCCAUUUUCAAACAAACACAGGUCAGGUUGAUGGAAAUGGGCAAGUGCAAUGCAUGCAGAGAUUCCUUAUACUGAAAAUGUCCCAAUGAUACUGACUAUUGUGCCCAAUUUAAUUUCAGAUACCAAGUAAUCACCUUACUAUGAUUCCUUUUCACAGACUGAUAUGGAACCCUAGGUAUCAUUUCCCGAAAUAGUUUACAGAAGCUGUUGGUUUUGUGUGUCUACUAAAACAGUGGCCAUUAUAUGAGUGCCAUACUAUAUUGAUAUGGUAAGAUACGGUGUACCUUGGAAA